AUGGCAGAUUCACAAUUUGAAGUGACAGUGAUUCCUACCAAAGAAGAAUACGGUCGGCUGGUUGAUGUCCUCUGGGCUGCCAAUUUCAAUCCUUACAAUCCUGUCUGGACAGCCGUUCACCCAAUCAGUGGCCACACUGCCGAGGACCGUGUACGCGACAAAGCCCUGGACACCGAAAUCCGUUGGAAUGCUAGCACCAAGAAUCCCUUCUCUCAUCUAAUCUAUGUGAUCGACAAAGAAACCGGCCGAGUUGCCGGUGGUUGUGAAUGGUUUAUUUUCCACAAAAACCCGUUCCCCAAUGGGCCAGAACCCAUUAAGUGUACUUGGUACCCCGAAGGAACCGAACGAGCCGCCUACGCAGAAUGCAUGCUUAGUCAAGCCUUUUUCCCGCGGCAGUCCUGGCUUCAGCGCCCUCAUGCUGGUGUCAAUGCUAUGGGCGUUCACCCAGAUUAUCGCCGUCGGGGCGUUGGGCGGCUUCUUAUGGAGUGGGGACAUGAGAGGAUUGAUCCGCUGGGCUACGAAAGCUUUAUCGAGGGCAGUCCGAUUGGGCGCUGGUUAUAUGAAGAAUACGGGUAUCAGAGGGUGAUGGGUCUACAUGUGGAUUUCGAUAAGCCCAAUCCAAGUGAUGAAUGGCUCAGGUUGAUUCAUGAAUGUAAGCCGCCUGGAAUCUUGCUGCUGUGGAGACCACCUCGUGGAGAAUGGACUGAGAAGGUGCCGCCUGGCCCGUGGGCCGUUACAGAGGAGACCUUUAAAUAG